AUGGAGCCUCUACCCAGGGGCCGCCACUAUGAUCCGUGCUACUACUGCCUGGGGUUGUGUCACAUGGGUCUGAGACCUGCAUCUGUGCAGGGUCCAGUUCCAGGAGCCAGAGAACGCUACAUGGAAGAAAGCGGUCUGCGCUUCAUGGACCGCGUGAACCAUGUGGGCAACAUCAACCAAGAAGGCUAUGGAAACCACGAAGGUGGCGAUGGUGGCCAGGAGCCCGGGCAGGAGCCACCUGAGGAGCCGGGCCACGCGGCGGCUGCCACCCAGGCCCAGCAGCCCGGCAACCCGCCGCGCCGUCGCACCAAGCGCAAAAAGUUCACGCCGGUGCAGCUGCAGGCGCUGGAGGACCUCUUCCAGGACACUCAGUACCCGGACGCGCUCACCAGAAGCGAGCUUGCGAGACGCAUGGAUGUGACUGAAACCAGAGUGCAGACUUGGUUUAAGAAUAGGAGAGCCAAGUAUCGGAGAAAUGAGAGAGCAUCAAUGCUUCAAGAUGAACCAGCUGCUGGCCUGGGCCAAUUUGUCGUCAUGAUGUUCAAUGGGACCUAA